AUUGAGUUUCUCUCUCACAUAAUGUCGACCACGCCGCCUGGCUCGCCGCCGCCACUGGUGCGCCCGGUGCCAGGAGCAACGACGACGACGACCGCUACAGCAGGACCCGCAGCGUCAGCCGAGGCCGCGGCGGAGGAGCUGGACGCCGAGCUGGACGAGAUGGAGGCGCAGGCCAAGAGCGCGGCGGUCUCGUCGAAGCGCAUCCACGCCGUGAGCAAGAUCGCCGUGCGCAACUACAAGCACUACAAGCACAUUGUGCACUGCAUCGAGCGGUUCAUCCACCGCGCGCGCGCCGAGCACAAGCUCGCUGGCGUCUACAUUAUCGACGCGAUCGUCCGCGGCUCGCAGCACAAGCUCGGCGCCAAGGACAACUACGCAGACCGCUUUGGGCGCAACCUGGGCGCAACGAUCGAGUACUGCUUCAACAAGUGCUCCGCGGUGGACCAGGACCGCGUCCGGCGAAUCGUCUCGCUCUGGCUCCAGAAUCACAUCUUCCCCUUUGACAUUGUCGCGCCCAUCGAGAGCAAGAUUGGGCCCGCGUCCGCACUGCCUGCGACUACCGCUAGUGCUGGUGCUGGUGCUAGUAGUGCUGCGGCGAUCGCGUCCAACUCGGGCAGAUCUACCCCCGUGCAAGAGUCACCCGCGAACAGCCCAGGCGGGUGGAGGUCCGGGCUACGAUCCAAUAACGUGGUCGACGUCGAUGACUUUGACUAUGGCGAAGGCGGCGGCGGCAGCAAUGGUGGAGGCAGUGGUGGAGGCGCGCUUGCAGAGCAAAGUCUGAAUGGGGCGUAUGCAACGGCGCCUGUCCCUGCUACUGCUGUUGCUGCUGCUGCUGCUGCUGCGGCUCCUGCCGUUGGCUCAUUGGCUUCAAUCCUCUCUGCUGCUGGCGUUGCCCCGCAGUUCUGGAACAUCACCGCUACUCCUGCUUCCCUCCCUGCUCAACAGCAGUACAGUAGUAUUCCUGUGGCCCAGGCCCCAGCAGCGCCGAUUGGGCCUCCUCCAACCGAUCCUCGCCAACAAGCGGCGCAGCAUUUGCAACAACCGCAAUCAGCACCCGUGCCACAACAACAACAGCAACAACAACUACAGCAACCACCAACUCAACAGCAUCAGCAACUACAAACUCAACAACAGCCACCCGCUGGCUUGGAUCUUUCGAUGUUGGGAGCCAACUUGGGGCUGCUCACACAGUUGGCAAAGUCUCUCCCGUUUCUUCAAUCCACUGCCUUGGCUGCUGCAUCGCAAGCGCCACCUCAGCAGCAAAACCACAGUUAUCAGCAGCCAUCCUAUCCACCGCAAGCGCAGUCGUACUCAUCCAACGCGCCGCCAUUGCUCAACCACUACCCGCCGCAGCAGCAAUCCCAGCAGUAUCUGCCCAUGUCGCAGUAUCAGCAGCAGCAGCAGCAGCACCAACACCAACAGCCUCAACCCUACCCGCAACAGCAACAACCGCAACAACAGCAACAUCAUCAUCAACAACAACAACAACAACAACAACAACAGCAACAACAACAACAGCCCUUCGGUCAGCACUCUGCUUACAGCGCUUCGUCAUCCCAACAGCAGCAUGGCCAAUACCAGCAACAACCGCCAAACAUGGUUCGCGCAAUGAGCACAACGGUCUUUCUCGGCCUGGGUCGAUCGCGGCUUAGCUCGGGCGAGCUGUGCGAAGUCCUGUCCAACUAUGUGAAUGUCGUCGAUUGCAUGUUUGGCCGAGACGAAAGCCAGGCCUUCCUGACAGUGUCUUCGAGUGUCGAGGCGGAUUUUCUCGUUUCUCAGCUGGCCAUUCGCCUCUCGUCGCAGUUCCCGGGCCUGAAGGUCGGCUAUGCCAAGAGUUUUGGGCAGAAAAAGUACCCCGACAGGUUCAAUCAACGCACGGGCGAGUCCUUGCUGCCCGCGCACUUGGUCACGGCCGAGCUCAUUCCAUUCUUGUCGGAUGGCGCCGAGCUCGACGAGGCCACCAUCUCGCCUUCGUUGCUGCCAUUGUAUCGGAUUAAGCGGCAAGAGUUUUUGAAGAAGAUCAAGUACUUUUUGAAGCCCGACAGCCAUGCUGUGGAGCAGUGGCUUCAACAGCAGCCUCAACAGCAGCAGCAGCAGCAGCAACGAGAGCAACCGCCUCCGCAACGAGAGCAACAACACCACCGUCCACCGAUGCAGUCUGGGCCGCUUCCUCCUCACCCAUUCGCUACGCAUAAUGGAGCAUAUGGGCAGCACCAACAGCCGUCCACGGACAAUGUGAUUGUCCUUGGUCGGACGUAACGCGUUGCUUCCAUUUGUGUGACUGUGUUUGUGUGAACUGUUCCAAUUUAUCAUCCGCUUUUGUUAUAUGUAUAUUUUCC